AUGGCCGUGCAUGCCGCAGCACCUGCGAGGCAGCUGGGCCUCGCCCUGCUGACGCAGCUCCAGUCGCUGGGGGCGGUGGGGCUGGGCGUGGAGCCCCUGUUCCUGGAGGUCGGCUCGCAGGAAGCUGCCGCGCCCAUCGGGUCCCCUUCCGGCAUAUGCGCGCCGGGCAGCGGCGCUCAGGCCCGCAUCCACGGCCAGCCGGGCACUGCCCUGGACCGGGAGCUGUCGUUCAAAAAGGUGGCGGUGGGGGGCACCUUUGACCGGCUCCACGCCGGGCACCGCCUGCUGCUGGCCGCCACCGCUGCGGUCGCGAGCGCGGAGAUCUUCGUGGGCAUCACUGCGGACCGCCUGCUGGUGAACAAGCAGGGGAGGGAGUGGCUGGAGGCGUACGAAGUCAGGAGCGGCGCGGCCGUGGGCUACAUGGAGGCAACCCACCCUGGGGUCCGGGUGACUGCGGGCCCCCUGCUGGACCCGAAGGAACCUCCGCUGGCCACCACCGACCCCAGCUUCGAAGCCAUCGUGGUGUCGGAGGAAACGAUACACGGCGCUGAGGCCAUCAACGCCGGGCGGGCGGAGCGCGGGUUUGCCCCGCUGGUGGUGGUGGUGGUGGGUCUGGUGAGGGGCCAGCAUAGCUCAAGCGGGAAGCUGAGCUCCACCGACCUGCGUCUGGAUCGCUGA